GUUGCACCAGGUGCCCCGGGCAUUUGACACCCUUCCAGUUUGCGCAUGUUCAGAGCCAUUGCCACAGCUAGCUUCAUCCGGGUAGCAUCGUUGAGGAGCUUUGCUGUUGUGGGGAGUGACCUUGCGUUCGGGGUGGUGAAGAGGGCACCACCGCCGUCCUCCGCGUGGAUUGGUCGUGCUUCUUGCACCAGCAGCAGCAGCUGCCGCAUCACCCCUCGGUCUCGCAUAGCCACCGUUAUUCGCAACAUGUCGUCCAAUCCGGGAGGAGGGGAGGAAGAGAAGGCCAAGGCUGUCGCAGCAGCCGCUGGGGGCGGUGGGGGCGAGGCGACGAUCUUCGACAAGAUAAUCUCGAAAGAAAUACCGGCGGAUAUCAUCCACGAGGAUGAGCUCUGCCUGGCGUUCAAGGACAUUAGCCCACAGGCGCCGGUGCACUUUUUGGUGAUCCCGAAGAGCCGCGACGGCCUGACGCAGCUCAGCAAGGCCGUCGAGAGCAACAAGGCGUUGCUCGGUCACCUCAUGUUUGUCGCUCAGAAGGUCGCCAAGGAGCAGGGUCUCGACGAAGGUUUUCGAGUGGUGGUCAACGAUGGGGUGCAGGGCUGUCAAACGGUCUACCAUCUACACAUCCACGUCAUCGGGGGACGGCAGCUGAAGUGGCCGCCAGGCUAAGCUGCCUGAAUUCUCCACUUGCUUCGCGGUGGGGAAUCGAAAUCGCCGUGACAAGCUUACAAAGGGGCGCCGAGCGGGUCGCCGCUCUCUGCAGUGGAGAUGAACUUUCUUCACCUAGAUCACUCUCUUGUUUGGUAGAUUGCCUAGCGUUGCCGCAGGCUGUGGUCAUGCGGUCGGAAGAAAGUCGUACGUAUGAGAUAUAUUUCGCUGGGCGCACGUUUGGGCGCGGAUUCUUGCCGAGGGGCAGCGUCCGUGGGCGCAACACAAGCAAUGGGACCCAGAACGAUAGAUUUGGCGGCGCACGUCGCGUGCAUUUUAGAGAAAACCAUUUGUGGCACGCAGUUCGCUGAUUGGUAAAAAAAAAAACUGCGGCGGGACUUCAAAAAUGGCAAAAAGCAGGGCACGACCAAAGAUCCCUGGACAACGGUCAGCGUCAUCCACGGUGAAAUGACACCCUGUCCCGCUGGUAUCCUGGGGAACCGUGUUUUCUGAUGAUGAUCUUUCUGCAAAAUCAUCAUCCUGGCUGACUACGAACGGGGAUAGAGAUGGAUCCUCCGACCGAUCGAUCUCCGCGUGUCGUCUUAUUUUGUUCGGGGAU